UAUAGUUCUUGCACAGUCAGUGUGACAGGCCCGUUUCAGAAGUGCUGCAGUGACAACUGACAUGCCACUAGAGGUCGCUGUACCGCCUUUAAUCUACUGUACGUGAAGGGUCACAAAUGAGGUUUGUUGUAAAAUGUGUUUUUGGUUAAGGGUCUAUACUUUCAUAGGUGUAUUUGGGCUUUUGCCUGGUAUUAAAAGGGUGUGCCUGUCUCUGGUGGUGGUGGGGUUUUGUGGUUCCUGUUGCUUUGUGCUGCUUGUGACUUGAAAAGGCUGACCUCAGUCUGUGGCCCUAGGGACAGCCCUGCUAGUGUGAGGGUGUGUCACAGCUGUCUGUGUGUAAGGAUGGGAUUACAGUUCGGGUCAGGGCUGUGAUACUCUCGUGCUAUCCUCACUGCAGUUAAGAGACCGGGGAAGGAUCUUUCCUUUCCUUACCAAAGCCAUACAAUACCCCGUGCGCACUGUGUUUCUGGAGCGAGGUGACAGACUCGGGUAACUGACUGCACUGUGAGAACAGACGGCAUUGUUAGAAAGACAUGAGACCAAGGUCCUACAGGGAACAACUCCUGUAAGACAAUAAUUAGUACAAGUUUAAUUAAUAAGUACAAAUUUCAGACCAAAGAGCUUCACGUACAGGAGGGGACCCACUCCCCACCCUGCAGUGCAGCCCCACCUGGGUGACACUGGUCGUCCAAGAGCUCCACUGCACAGCAGAUCGAGUGCAGCGCUGAGAAAUGGCUGCAGCAGGGGAGUUCAGGGGGAAAUGGGCACAGUGGUGCCGGAGUUAGCACUGUUACAGUACCGUGCUGUGCUGGGGAUGUCCUGUGUCCCUGCACCUUUUUUAUUACGUCGAAAUGUCAAAUGCUUGCAGGCCUUAGUCCCACCUCUGUGCCACGUCACAAAAUUGCGGUCCUGCAGGAAGAACUCAGGGCUCAAUGCGACUUUCUGGACACGGCAUGUGUCCCUGGUGUCCUGUCCAGGGUGUGUCGUGCCUUGCGUCCGCUGCUCGUUGGGAUAGGCUCUGGCUCACCAGCGACCCUGAAUUGCAAAAAGCGGUUCGAAAAUAGAUGUAUUUACGCAGCCCAGAGCAGAACCAGUGUCUCGGUUUAUAAUUUUAUCCAAAGGACACCACUUCCUACAGCAAAGUGUCCCUUGUAACCAACAUGGGGCAUUUGUCCUGAAGGAAACAGUGCCACCUACUGGUCCACCAACACUGUUCUACAGCAGCAACCUUAUUUUUCUUGGAGGACUCCCAUCUGAGUACUGUUAGGUCAUGCCUAGUUUCAGAGAUCUAUCGAGAAAGUGCUUCAAGGUGCUAAGCUUGCUAUUGGCAGUGGUGCAUGUAUUGUCACGUCAAUGUGACUGUCGUCUAUGUCCAUGAAGUGACCAUAGUACAUGGAACCUGUUACAGUAGGGGACUGUAGUAAAAGUACAGUAGGACAGUCCUGUUACAGUGGGGACUGUAGUAAAAGUGCAGUAGGACAGUGCUGUUACAGUGGAGACUGUAGUAAAAGUGCAGUAGGACAGUGCUGUUACAGUAGGGGGCUGUAGUAAAAGUGCAGUAGGACAGUGCUGUUACAGUAGGGACUGUAGUAAAAGUGCAGUAGGACAGUGCUGUUACAGUGGGGACUGUAGUAAAAGUGCAGUAGGACAGUCCUGUUACAGUAGGGACUGUAGUAAAAGUGCAGUAGGACAGUGCUGUUACAGUGGGGACUGUAGUAAAAGUGCAGUAGGACAGUGCUGUUACAGUGGGGACUGUAGUAAAAGUGCAGUAGGACAGUGCUGUUACAGUAGGGGACUGUAGUAAAGUACAGUAGGACAGUCCUGUUACAGUAGGGGGCUGUAGUAAAACCAUAGUAGAGAGAGACAGAGAAGGUAACUCAGACAGAUAUGAUAGAAAAGAGGAGUUCAAGUAUAGGCAGUGAAGUAGGAGUUUCUUGUUUUAGAGGUUUUGGAAAGGUCACACUCUUUGCCGCGAAGACUUUGAUCUUUCACCCCCUUUCAACCAGCCCUGAGGUGUCCUUUCCGAGCUGUCGGCCUCCCUGUCUCUUUCUAUAUAUAUUGUUCUCCCUGUCGCAGCCUCCUCCUGUCUGCUCUGAGUCAACACGACCACAUGGGGUCUUCAAACGGACUGGCCUGCCCUGGAACUACCUCACACACGCACACACACACACGCACGCACACACGGUCACACGUCUCAGUGUGUCGCAGGCCGGGGAGCCCCAGCUGUGUAAGGGGCUCUCAUAUCCCUGCGCUCUUCACCGCCCCUCAGUCCAGUGCAGGAGUCGCCUGAGUCGAGCACCACCCCCGGCUCUCAGCCCAGGAAACACACCCGAGACGCAGACUGUCAGCGGGUUUCAGCGCACGCGCAGGCCUCUGUCCGUUGUACCUUUUUUUUCCUGCAAUGUUGGAAAGCUGGUCUAUGUCAGACUCCCUCGUUUUUCGGCAAAAAAACGAAGAAAGGAUCAGCUCGUUAUAAAACCCGGCCUUGUUCCGCGAGGGCCGAUAGUCCUUCGGUUCUGGCCUCCGGGUCGCGUGUGGGGGCUGUUGUUUUCACCCUCGGGCUGCCGGCGGCGGCGAAGCGGGGCAUGGGGGGCGUGGUCGCGGUGUUGUCCCUGGAGACGCGGCGCCGUUUCUCCCGCAGGGGUCGCCGCUUCCUCUCUGAGUCGCGGCCAAUCAGCUCCACCAAAUACCACCGCUCAGACAGCAGUGAGAGUGACCUGGAGCUGUCCACGGUGAGGCACCAGCCUGAAGGUCUGGAGCAGCUGCAGGCCCAGACCAAAUUCACCAAGAAGGAGCUGCAGUCGCUCUACAGGGGCUUUAAAAAUGUGAGUCACCCUCUCCUGGAAAUGCUGGCGAUAAUGAAAUCCAUCUACGACAUGAUGGGACGAUACACCUAUCCCUGCGUCCGAGAUGACGCUCCUUUUGAGCACGUGGAGAAGUUCUUCCAGAAAAUGGAUAGAAACAGAGAUGGAGUGGUGACCAUUGAUGAGUUCAUGGAGACCUGUCAAAAGGAUGAGAACAUCAUGAAUUCGAUGCAGCUCUUCGAGAAUGUGAUCUAGAACUUGUUCUAAAAAAACUAGUGCGGAACAGACUCACCCACUGUCCACUGUAAACUCGCACGCACGCUCCACCUAUCCUGUCUCACACCUCACACCUCCCUGGCUAGGGAUUAUUAAACAGGCCCCCAACUUUUCAUAUACAGAAGAGAUUCCUGGAGGGGGAGACCUUCUGUGCCCCAGAGACACCGGAUGGCACCCCGACUCUCUGCACCGCUCCUGCUUCAGAAAGACAGAUGACACCUACAAACCCUGGAGACUGACUUUACAGCAUCCCUGUGCUUCACGAGGAGAGGGGGAACAGUUCCUACGGACAGACAGACAGGCCACUCGACUGGGACGUACAACCCCUGAGGAUCUCAGAGCGAGGAAGAAGGAAGUGGAAGACUCCAAACAGGUUGUCUGAUUCCUCUGACUUGGUAAGACUCAAGGGAACGCAGAGGCCUGCAGCUCCAAGCCAAGCCAGCAGCUUUCCUGAAUUCAGAAACCCAACACAACCUCACCCCUGCUGGCUGGGGAGGGGGCAGUUUUGUGGGGGUCGGGGAUGGGGGGUGGACAGUGAGGAGACGUUGUUAAGGAGGUACAGGGAAGGAUGAAAUAGGAGGAAGAAGAAGCCUUUUCUUUGUAAAACCGAAGAACUGACCCCUAAGCCCUCCAAGACGAAAAAGAGGAGAGUGCGGACUGUUGCUGCAAUUGGGACAGACUGCAAUGUCCGUGACAUUGUCAAAGCUGGCCUGAAGAUGAUCUAGAGGUGGGGCAGACGAUGCUGUUGACUGGGAGCCCGCUGUAAAUACUGUAGACUCAGCACAACCAACGUAGCCAACGUGGAGCAGAGCAUAGUAUCCCAUCGUCCUCUCCCAGUGCCCCGCCGCCGGCCUCCUGCCGCCUUUCGCCGAGACACAUGAUCAGGCUUGCGUUUUUAUUUCUGGCAGCACGCGCGACCACAGCGGGAAGCCAUGUAGAGGCGGUCCCUGAAGACGUUCGAGCGCCACGGGCAUCAGAGUCCCAUGAAUAUAUUGGGGAAGUGUGAAUCCAUCUUUUGUAACACCCCCACCCCACCCUCUUCUGUGUUCGACAGGGCCUGUCACAUGUCCCAGGCACGUGCUGUUCUCCCAGGCAGUACGACACUGCCACCACUGAGCUCACAAGUUCCGAAAUCGUUUCACUUGCCAAAGAAAAGCUUCAGACGCUGUAUCGCAUAAUCGACGGCGCUUGUAAAAGCCCUAACAAGGAUCGUAACGAGGAAAGCACCUUUGAAAUAGUCCUUAAGCGAUGCGUCUCUCUCCUGAUUUGAAGGAACGGGAAUAUGAAGCCUGCGGAUUGUAAAAGAAGGACAAUGAGCUAAUUGUCAACAAGCCUUCGGACUUGACAGAUGAGCUCCCCCCUCCGGCCUGUCUGCCGUCGUGCAGUUCACGGUUCACGGGUGUCAGAGUGGGAUGACGAGCAGCUGUGAUCUGGAUGGGGAGGGGGGGUGGUCCACGUCACUCUCGUACCAGGUGAAGAAGGCCCGGGCCUGCUCGCCGACGCCUUCACGCCAGAAACCGGCAGCGGACGUGCAUGUUCAGCCACUGCCUGGGGCUUUCAAAUCGAAUCUGUGCCUCCCUGAACCAAAACAGACAAGCAUUGCACAACCUCUUGCUCGGCCUGCUACCUGACAUCUGCUAGUGCAUGCACCGUAGAGGAGGUGAGCCACUAACCUCAGGACAAUUCCACUUUUUGCUCUGACUUUGAUCUGCUUGUGGCUUGUUUUAUUUUAUUUUUUUACAACCGGCACUCCAGUGUUUUCUAAGGAAACAGACAAGGCUUCCGCUUGCUAGCAUCCCUUUGUUAAUCCCUGUGCUGCUGCCUGGUUAUGUGUUUCUGCGAGCAGAAAUGCACCUGCUUUUCUGUGUGUCUCUCAACAGUGCUGAUUGGCCAGUUCUUGGUGUCAGUCAUUCAGUGAGAUAUUUUCAUUAAUUGUUGGUAUAGAGCCACACCCACUUAUAAUGACCCCCCCCACCCAACACAUUGUUCAUGCCCCAUGUACCUCAGUCUUCUUUCACCUUGAGCUUCUGUGUCAGGCCCUACACCAUGGACUUUAGGCCAAGAACCACGCACCAGGCGCAGGGCCAAAUGUCGUGAGGUGUUUAUUUCAGGAGUGUUAAAGAAGGCAGUUGUUCCAAUUACAUCAGCUGGAGCUCUGCUGGAAUGAAACCAGGACACCCUGUGGCUCUCUAGUCCAGAGUUACAGUCCCCUGGUAUAAGGUGUCAGUCUGGCCCCAGAGCACAGUGUACAGUAUCUGUCUUUUGGCUCUUUUGCAGUUGUGAAAUGCCGUUUGGCCAAUACACUUAAAAUACACAGUUGUCAUCAGAAGCCAGGCCAACUUCACCGGUGCCCUUAAUGACAGUCUAACCCAAAACAAGACAUCCUCAUACUUUCCUUUAAGAUCAGAAUUUCUUUUCACUCAUUGCAAUACAGUACCUCAUGGCAAUCUUGAAUCGGCAGCUCAUCAUGGGUCACCACUCUACCCUGUGUCCACAUUCACGUGUCCUCACCCACUUGAGCCAGCGGGUCCAUCCCCUCCUUCUCACACUGGGGCUCCCCCAGCGCACGCGGCAGGACUGAGGCGUUGGACGGAAGGCUUGCGCAGCUCUCGCCAACAACCCUGCAGGCUCACUGGCACCUGACCAGCUGCUGGAGAAAACCCUCCAGCUGGUUUCUCAUAUGGUAUGCCCCUUCAAUUCGGAAUCUCCAUCAGAUUAGUAGAAGACACAGAGCCACUCUGAUAGGCUCCGCACAGCCUGGCAGGAGCGCUGGGGCUGUCAGUGAUGUCACUGCACGCCUGCGGGCAGCUGGGAAGUCACAGGAGAUGCCCUCCUGGGGCAGGAAAGGCUGGAGAGUCACGGUCGCCUCAGCCCAGCGGUGUCCUGAUGGCGCGCUGGAUUGGACAGUCCUGGUCACAGCCAGUGUCAGGACCCAGGCUUGAGCUGGCAGAGUCUGGGCUGUAGAGCUCCCUCGGCGUGCCAGCUGGAUGGCGCCAGUGCUGAGCCGCCCAGGAGUGGAAUGAUUUUGUGCCCACCCGCGGACGGGCAGCUCUUCGGGGGACCCUGCUCGCCCUCGGCAGUUUUUUGUGCCCCGUUUGCUCAUUCAAGCCGCCCGGGGCCCCAGGAGCAUCAUGGGAAUAUGGCUAUGCUGCCCCUCUGAGGCUGCAGCCACAGAUGAUGUCAAGGCAGGGCGGCAAAGCGUGAAGGCAGUGCUGCACAGGGACGUUUCCGCUCCCCCGCAGAGGCCUCGGGGAGCGAGCGCUUCGUGUCCGAGCCGGGCUGAAUUCUGGGGAGCGGGUUUGUUUCUCUCUGGAUCGAGGCGUGGCUGGCACGACCCGCUCUGUUUCGCAGAGCGGCAUGCCCGCUUGACUUUACUGGACGCCUGCCUGUCCCCGCCAGUCUAAUCCACCCUGGGGUCUCCCGCUGGCUGCACCCACCGGAGGCGCGCACUGCUGCUAAACCUGGGGCCGGCGGCGCCGAUCGCUCCGGGUCUUCCCACGGGAAUAUCCGCGCUCCUCGCUUCCGAGGGACAGAAUCCGCCUGCGCCAACGGGCAGAGGGCACACGGCAGAGGAGGGCUGGCUGCUGCAGAGCUGAAGGGGAGAGUUAAAGGGGUGACGCUGGGAGAUCUUUUCAUCCAGCUGCCGAUGCCUCAUAUUGUCUGUCUCUGUAUCGCGCUGGCCAUGCAUCUUCCAAGAAUAUGACGCCCUCCCCUCCUGCACCCUCCUUCGGGACAGAGUGGGAUCUCAGCGGGCCUCGGGGGUUCCCAUUGCUGAUCCCCACCCCUGCACCCCUGCAGGCUGGAGGCCCCCACUCCUCCCCCUCUCUCUUCCUUGACACCAGCCGAGGGAGCAUAGAGGAAUCUGGGAAACACCAGGACUCCCCACCCAGGACCACCUGGGUGGGGUUCAAACUCCACUCCACUGCAGGAGCCUGUUUUACCCCUGGGAGAGCACAGACUCCAGGGGAGCACCGGGUCAUCUACCAGCUGGUCUGUUGGGCAGACUGACGCUGAUGGGCAAAGCAAUGGGAGGGGGCGGGGUAGUGAUCGGGUGGGGGCGUGGCCCGUGGGUGUGGUUUUACUGCAUGGGGGCGUGGCUUGGUUAGGUGAGGGGCGGAGAGAGGAUAAGUGUUCGGGGUCCAGCAGCAUGGGACAGAAAAAGGAACCCCAGAUUCCCUUUCUUAAAGUUUUCCAUAUGAAUCCAGCUGAUAUGGAGGCUGGGCAGCACCCUCUUAUUUCCCUGCCUGUAUGCAAUGAUGGUGGUGAGGUUCGGGAGCACAGACUGGGACUGGGGGUGGGAGAUUUCAGUAUAUGUGUCCUGUCCUUGUCACCAAGCAUGCGUGGAGCUGUUCACCCUGAGAUUGACUUAGAGCACAAUACUGCUGUAGUGCAUGGUAGGACUAGAUGGACACUAGGGGACAUCAGUUUUUCAUCCCGCUCCCUCUUACAAAACACUGUAAAAAAAUACUUGGUAAAUAGUCUUGCAGACAUUUAAUAGAAUAAAUAUCCUAACGAUAGCUUUGAAUUUUACUCAGAGACACUCUACUCAGCCACACAUGGCACUGAACUCAAUUCAGUCUUACCUGGAGUCUUUUACCCUGUUCUGUACUGGCCUUUUUGGUGUCUGGUGACUGCAUCAGGGGAAAAAAAACGCCACAGAGGAGAUCAAUAAGAAGAAAGCACGAACGAGAGGCCAUUCAACCCAUGUGGCCCAUAUGGUAAUUACUAGUUAAUUGAUCCCAGGAUCUCCCCCAGCUGUUUCCUGAAAGAAGCUGGGCAGCUUGUUCCACACUCCCCCCACUCUGCGUCCAGGUCGCAGUUUUAAAUGCCCUUCCCUGUAGUGCCCACCUGUGUCCUCUUGCAGCUGGUUGAGCCGAUCGGGCCAGAGACCCAUCUGUACUCUGUGCUCAAGGUGCCGGUGCUCUCGCCACAGAGAAAGGAGGCAGUGACGGAAGAAACUGGUCCCCAAAACAACAUUAGAGGGGCGCAGCUCUGUGCACCAAGACACUCCAAGGAGACUACAAAAAUCCUGAACAUUUCUGAUGCUUUUAGUUUGUAAAUUAUUAUUAUUAUUAUAAAAGGUGGUUCAAGCUUUACAGAAAUGUUGUAGUCGAAUGAGGUGUGGUGUUACUACGAUGACGUUAGGAACAGUGCAGGUGUGCAGGGAGACCUUGUGCUUUGUGAAUCACUGAGACGCUCGUGUGCCUGAGUCUUUCAUUGUGCAGGUUCUGUUCUGCAGGACUCUGAGAGAGUAAGACCCCAAGACGGACAGAGACAUUUCUCCAAGAGCUCUGAAAUGCCCGAAUUUCUACAGUGAAUUGCAUCUACGCCUUUCUUUCGUUUAGGCUAUUGGUUUUGCAGAAUCUACUUAUAAUGGACUUGUUAAAUAACCUUUCUCUUACUUGUUCCUUAGAGAUUCUUUCCUGCUAUGAAUGGUACUGGCUUCUAAUAAAUUAUUUUACUUGUG